AUGUCGGACACAUUUGCCACCAAGGAAGAAGCCACGCUUAUCUUCAGCAAGCUUAGACAAAACCCUGCCAAUCAGGUUUGUUUUGAUUGUCCAAACAAGAAUCCUACGUGGACUUCUAUUCCAUUUGGGGUCUUGUUAUGUUUAGAAUGUUCUGCAGUACACAGAAACUUGGGGGUACAUAUUACAUUUGUAAAGUCUUCUAAUUUGGAUUCUUGGCAAAGAAUCCAAUUAAGACACUUUAAGUUCGGAGGUAAUCAUGUUGCUAAGGAGUUUUACCAAAAGAAUGGAGGGUCACAAUUCAUUAGUAAGAAUGGUAAUGUUGAUAUGAACUUGAAGUAUACUUCACCUGUUGCUAUCAAAUACAAGGAUAGAUUGAAGAAGAAGGCUCAAGAAGAUGCUCAAAAGCAUCCAGAUAUUGUUACAUUGGAAGAUUCUACUGAUAACUUGUCACUUUCUGAAUCUAAUAGUGCCACCGAUUCUACAGAUGAUUUCUUUUCCAAUUGGACUAAGCCAAUUAAUUCUACCCCAUCACCACUCUCUUCCAAGACUGGUACUCCUAGUGCAUCCACCGAUGACUUGACCACUCAAGUGAAAAGACCAGUGAGAACUUCCACCACCACAACCACUGCUGCUCGUAAGACCAAUGGUGCCACCGCAGCCAAAAAAUCGAUCUUAUCUUCCAAGGGUAAUGGUCCAAGAACUUCAAGACUUGCCGCCAAGAGAAUUAAUAAGGCAGACGAAGAAGUGAUUGAUUUCGAUGAACUUGAAAGAAAGGCCAAACAAGAAGCUGAAGAAGCCAAGAGAUUAGGAUACACUCCUCAAAAGGAAGAACCAGUUGUUGCAGAUGUUUCUAGAAAGAUUGGAGGAUUGAGUUUAUCAUCCAAGAACAAUAAAUACGAUGAUGGUGAUGACGAAGAUUAUUCAAAUGGUACUGCAAAGAUAACUCUUGCCCCACUGACAGUGAAGGAAAAGCCACAAACAUUUCAAAAGCUUGGGUUUGGUAUGGUAAAUGGUGCCAACGUUACUACUAACCCAUCAGCCAAGAAGUAUGCUGAAGUGAAAUAUACUGGUGAAGUUUCCAAUAAAUACGGAACUCAAAAGGGGAUUUCUUCAGAUGAAUUCUUUGGAAGAGGUCCAAGAUUUGAUGAAGAUGCACAAAGAGAAGCUCGUGCAAAAUUACAAUCCUUUGAUGGUGCACAAGCCAUCUCAUCAUCUUCUUACUUUGGCGAAGAAGAAGAGGGACACGAUGGUGGUGCGGGCCGCCAAGGUAGAUCCAAUGCUGGUGGUAUGGAUUUGGAAUCAACUGCUAGAGAAUUUGCGUCCAGAUUUUCUGGAAAUGCGAACCAAGAUUUGGAUGUUUUGAAGGAUGCAUUGGAAGAUGGUGCCAAUAAGUUGGGAUCUUACUUGAGAGAUUUCUUGAGAUAA